UUCACGUGAGGGGGACGGCGGCCUUUCCCGCCCGCCUGCGCCCCCUGGCGGCGGGUGGCGCCUCCCGCCGUGCCGGUAUGGAGCGCGGCGGCGCGGUGGCACCGGCCCCGGCCCCGGCCCCAGAGCGGGGCCAGCAGGGCGAGGAGGAGGGCUACGCGGGCCUGUGGGAGCUGCCGGUGGAGCGCUGCGAGAGGCGGCCGGAGUGCGGGCGGUGCGGCCGUCCUCAGAAGGUGUGUUUAUGUCCAUUCCUGCCAAUACAUCCACUAAAGGUCUCCACCUGCUUGUAUAUAAUUCAGCAUCCAGCAGAGGAAAGUCGAGUGUUAAGGACAGUACCUUUGCUGGCAGCAUGUCUCCCUCCAGACAAAUGUAAAAUUUUGGUUGGUCGACGUUUUGGGGAAGACAGGUAUCCUGAAUUAGCAACUGUGUGCAGAAAUCCCAAUACUCUCAUUUUGUAUCCUGGAGCUGAAGCAACCAAUUUGGAAGAAGUCGCUGUGAUGUGUUCUAAUCCAUCUGUUCUAAUCAUCAUUGAUGGAACAUGGAGUCAGGCUAAAGAUAUAUUUUACAAAAAUUCUCUCUUCCGGCUUCCCAAGCAGGUGCAGUUAAAAACCAACAUUUCAAGUCAAUAUGUAAUUCGUACACAGCCAACAAACACCUGUCUGUCUACACUUGAAUGUGCAGCUGUUGCUCUUAGUAUCAUGGAAAAAAAUAAGAGUAUACAAGAGACUAUACUCCGUCCACUUCAAGCUCUAUGCUCUUUCCAGCUUCAGCAUGGUGCCCAGAUCCAUCACAGCAAGGAGCAUCUUCUCAAAAAUGGCUUAUAUGACAAGCCAAUGCCAAAGAAUAAGCGCAAACUCAGAAGAAUGGAGCUUUUGGUGAAUAAUGUUAAAAUAUAAGAAAACUGUACUGAUAGUACAGUGGGAUUUAUUUGCAGCUAGCAAAUGAAUAUGAAUCUGGAUUUGAUCCAAACAGUUGGCUGUACUGUAAUAAAACAACUUUUAUGCCCUUCAUAGACAAGAGUUUAUCUACCAAUGUGACAAACAGUAAUGGACAAGCUUUUUUAUUUUUACAGUAGGCCAGGUGCCUUUGUUCAGACGAUAGAAGAUCAUUCUCAUUUCCUAUUGAAAAGAAGAAGAAACUCUGAGCAUAAAUUAGAGUUAUGUUAUCUCCUGGGUGACAAGUAUGAUCCUCAAUAUGACUGGAUAAAUUUACUUUGGAGAAGCUUUUAUCAGUACGAAAAGACAAGGAAUAUGAAUGUAAUGGAACGGUAAGGCUUCAGCAUUUAGAAGUAUAUUGAAUUUCUGCUUAGCAUUUUAACUUCAGUAUCUAAUUAUAGUAGGCUUUCAAACUAUAAUUCCCUACAUUACUUAGUUCAGAUGAACGUAAGGCAUGCUAUUUGUAUAGUUCUUUUUAACGUUAUUUUUAUUUCUUACAUUAUUAGAAUUAAUUUUUGUAAAUUUAUAUACAUUUUACAAUGCAGUUGGGUUUAGUUUCUCUCUCAGACUUAAUUUUUAAAUUAAGCCUGCAUAUGUUUUUACGAGAAACUGAACAAUUCUGACUUAAAAAACCCUGUGAAUGUAGAGAAAUUGCAUUUUGGAAUUAUAACUCAGGUGCUUCAUUUUUACUUGAGCAAAAACUGCUCUUCUGCAGAAGGGGACAUAUUUUGGGUAUGGAUACAUCACACGCAUACCCUAACAUAUAACAGGUUAUGGUACAGAAGGAAUUAAACAAGCCCAAUGUAAACAGCCCUGUAAGAAGUAUGAUGCAAUGACAAAUGAUUAUGUCUGGAUACAAACUACUAACAUCAUUGCAGAUCCAUUAGAUUUACAUGUGUUCUUUAAUUAGUUCUUCUCUUCUAACAGUGUUAUAACUGUACCUCUUUCCAAUGAGAAUCACUAGAAGCAGAAGAAUUAAGUAUUUUUGCAAGCUUUGUGAAGUAAUAUUUUAUGAUCUGGAGGGAAAAAAAAAGAUAAAUAAAGGUUUUGAUGUUCCUUUCUUCAUGUUCAUAAAUGUCUCCUUCAUGAAACAGCUUAAAAUGCUUAAUGUUUGUCUUUACUAUCGGUUCCACUCUAGGUUAACAACAUGGAGCUAAUUAGAUACUAAUUAGUCAGAAAAAAAGAUAUUUUGUGUUUAAUUUAUGAGCUGCAAAGCAAGAAACUGCAGAAGUGGGGGGUAUAAACACAGCUAACCAAUAUAUUAACUGAAAACAUUUCUGCAAUUAACAAGAGAGGUCAAAAUUAGGUCAGAGAUUAGCUAAGAAGUUUUAGUUAACCCUGGGCUAAUAGUGACCUUUUGUUUAGGCAUGGAUUAACAAUUUAAUUUGUCUGGCUAUGUUAGCAAAGUUUAUAUAACCUCUUUCUCUUCUCCCGGACUAGAUAAAUCCUCUAUCUGUCACUAAAUUCAGCAAACCUGAAUUAGGUUUGACAAAUCUGAAGCAAAACAGUCUCACAUGAUUAAUGAUAGUGUAGAUGCACUUUUGUUCAUGUUGGAACAGAGAAAGGGCAUGUUUAAUGCUGUUAGUGAAGCACAGUGCUACAAUCGUCAAACCGAAGUUGCGGUCUUGAGCAAUUUGCGUGCACAGCCUUUUGUGUGACUCUGCCUUCAGUUCUGGGGUUGGCAAGGGUCGUGCUGUGCUGGGAAUCUGUUUCCCCUGUGCUCUGGGGCAUAGUCCAAGCAUUCCUUAAGGAAACAAGGGUAUCAGUUAGGCUUUAUUCUUAAUGCUCUAUUUACAUAUAUGGACGAUGUUCACAUUUAGUGUUGUAUAGUUAAUGUAGUUUACCUUAUUUUACAUUCAUCUGGAACAGCAGUGUAUCUUUCAACCUACAUUGUGAAGAUUAUUUUCCUAGACAGAAGGCUAAAUGUGUCUUUUCAUAAAUUGUGAGUUUAUAUUACGGAGAACAGAAAGAAAUUUGCAUUACAGCCUAGGAUUCACAGACAUCUGCAAAAUGCCAUAGUAUUACAGGAUCAGAGAAAUAGUUGUCUUAAUUGAGUUAUAAUCCUACAUUAAAUACUCUUGUGCAUGCAGUCUGUGCAGAGUUUUCAUGUUUUACAGCAAAGGACGAAUUCCAUACAGCUCACAACAAGCACUUUUUAGUUUUGUUGAUUCCUCUUGUUCUUCUAAUUUUGCUCCCAUGGUUAACAGGAUUUGUAGGCUCUAAUGCUGGAUGCAUGGAAGCCUUUAAUUGCUAAUUUCCUGUGUUGUACAGUACUAGAUCAAUCACUAUGCCUCGGUUGCUGAAGAAAUGAAAAACAAUUCAUUGAAAACCUCCAGGCAUUUUAUUUUUUGAGUUUUUUGUAUGUCCCAUCUCAGCUAUACUAUAGUGAUCAUUUAGAUGCAUCACAGCAGUCAUAUGGCGUUCAAUUUCAUAUCUGUUCGAAGCUAUUAGACACAAAAUACAAUAGUUUUUUCUUUUUGCGCUUUUUGAUGGAACUUAUAUAGCUUUAAAAAUACACACAAUGUAAGAGAUAGAGUUUAGAAAGUUUCUUUUCAGGUCUUUUGGAUUCAGAAUUUACCUCUAAAUACGUUACCUCAGAAGACACGUGUACUCCAAAGUCCAAACCCUUUUGACAAAAAUUGUGCGUGAUGAAGUAGCACUCUUUGCAAGCAAUUUAAUUAGAAUGAGUUUAAUUUGCAAUUUUACUUUUUGCUGUAAUGGUCAAUCUGUUUCAUUUUUCACUUACAAAAGGAUUAAUGAGUCAAACCCACCAGUCUAACAAGAUAUUGAUUAAAAAGAAAGGAACGCGUUGGCUUCUAAUGUUUGGUCCUUUGUCCUUGUCUACUUUGUACUUCCAAAUAUUGCUACCAAAAUGAAAUCUGCCUUCUGUGUUCCACUAUGUCAUGCUUUGGGGAACCGGUGAUGUGGAUAGUAGGCUUUUGAACACAGGAACACAUGUAAAAAUAUUACAAAGGUGGGUGUUGUUAAGUCUCCAUGUUUUCAUAAUCCGUAAGAGAAAGAUAAAGGAAAAAGAGAAAGCUAGAAAUAGUUCAAAGUAAGAACAUAACCCUCCACACACCUUUGGUUUAGAAAGCUUUCAAAUUAAAAGUGAAGAGAUGCUCAGUACAAACACAAAUUUAUUUUUCUUUAAGAUUUUACUUUCAUUGCCUCAUAACCACAUUGGAAUUCCAGCUGGAAGAUGGUGUUACCAUACUUCCACGAAAUUACUCUGUUAUUAGUUUUUUAAAUAAAAAGAAAACUUUUCAACUGACUUUAAAAGGGGCAAAAACUAUUUUAAGACCAAGGGUUUUCUUCUCAACUGUUGUAUUAGAUAAAAAAUUGCUUAUGCUGCAUUAUUUUCUACAACUUCCCUGGGUUUUUUGAAAUUUAAUUAAAAAAUGAACUUUUUAAAAGGGAUAGUGGUUCAUCCUUUUCUCUGGAGGUUUGUGUUUAUUAUGCCUGCAUACAUGAAUGCACAUAAAUUACAUAUAUGUUUCUGCUUCAAAGCAAUAAAAGAUCUAAUUUACCAUG